AUGGCGGAACCUGCUGGGCUGAACAUUACGUCGUCCCGCCAGCUGUGUCCUGACAUCCAACUGUCCUACCCCAACGCCGUGCAAGACUGCUACGCCUCGAGAAGCACGACCGGCUAUUCCGUCUACGUCAUUCCCUUCAACACCAGCUGCGACAGCUUCCUGCUGCUUCCCGCGGAGCAGCUAUGGAGUCCGGCGGUGCGGUCGGCGUGGUACCUGGCGGGCAUGCUGUACUGCUUCGUGGGGCUCGCUGCGAUCGUACGCGUCUUCAUGGAGGCCCUCGACCGCAUCUCCAGCACGUACGCCAUGGUGAGUCGGCGCGACCCUGAGACGGGCCGGGAGGAGCGGCGGAUGGAGAAGGUGUGGAACAGCACGGUGGUGAACAUCGCUCUCAUGGCUCUCGGCACAUCCGCGCCUGAAAUCGUCAUCGCUGUUGUCGACGCCCUCAAGCACCUCAACCAGGGACCUGGCGUGCUGGGAGCGGGCACAGUUUUGGGUUCAGCAGCGUUCAACCUGAUGGUCAUCUCGGCCGUGUGUGUGGUCACGCCACCUGCCCAUUCCAUCAAGCGCAUCCAGGCCGUUGGUGUCUUCCUCCUUGAGCUCGCAGCCAGCACGUGGGCGUACAUCUGGAUCCUGCUCGUGCUCAAGGUCUUCUCCCCUGGCCGUGUCACCAUAGUGGAGGCAUGCAUCACGCUGCUCUUCUUCCCCCUCUUCAUCCUCCUCGCCUACGCCCAAGACCAGCACUGGCAGCACUGGCAGCGCUGGGGGCUGCCCCUGCCUUUCCUGCCCCACCCCACCCCCCGCCCGCCCCGACGCGGCUCCCUCACUCGCUUCAAGAACUAUGGCAGUGGGCAGGCGCUGAUAGCUCCCUCUGCUGCUCAGGGCGGCCGUAAGCUUGCUGCUGGUGGGAAUGCGUUUGGAGCUGGUGCGUGGUGGCGUGCGCUGUGGGGGGACUAUGGAAGCACAGCAGUGGGUGCGGCGGGAGGGAGAGGAGGGGACGGGGUGGGGAAGAGCAGCAGUGACGGUUCGGGAGUGGUGGGGGGAGGGCAGGGAGAGGUGGAAAUGCAGAGGGGGGCGGACGCAGCAAGCAUGAGCAUUGCGGUGGGAGGCGCGGAGGAGGGGACAGGGGAGCAGCAGGCGGUGGAGGGGGGUGGGCAGAGGUCACAUGGGAGCUCGGAUCUGAGUGACUGGGAGCACGUGGGGCGGGUGGAAUCCGAGCAGCAGCAGCAGCAGCAGCAGCAGCAGCAGCAGCAACACGAGGAAGCAUCAGAGGGCAUUUCAAUGGAGCCGGUCACAGCUGAGGGAGGAAGAGUUGAACCAGGCUCUAGGUCCUACUCCCUCAACGUACCACCAGCAUUGCCGGCAGUGACAGCAGUGUCUGCAGUGCCGCAGAGGUCCAGCAGUAGCAACCUGCGGCGCCGGUCAGCUGCUGGAAUGUCCACUGCUGCUGCCAUGCAGCACGACUCACCCGACCAGUCCCUCUCGCGCCGUUUGGGGCAGCAUCUCUGGCUGCGCUCACAGCUCCCUGGCCUCUCUCAUUCGCCAGCUCCCGCCGUCCGACCUACACCCCUUGCCUCCCCAGCCCCGCUCGUUCUCAACCCAGCGCAGCAGCAGCAGAAGCAGCAGCAGCAGAAUCAGCGGCAGCAGAGGGAACACCGGGAGGAAGAGGAGAAGGCGGAGGGGCAUGCAAGUGGAGGAGGGGUGGCUGGUGAUGAGCGAGUGGGGCUGGUUGCAGACGGCGGGCAGUUUGUGGAUCUGUUACAAGAGCACUGGACAUUGCUGGCGCAAUCAGGAGAGAGGGAGGUGUGCCGGUUUGAGCACACUCCUGCAAACACCAACGGAGCCGGCAGCAGUGCUGCAAGCUGCACCACCCCUUCUCCUGUCCAGGCCCUCCACUU